AGAAAGUUACCAUGUUCACGCGACCCCAGGGUUCGCGCUUUUCCGUUGCAGAGAAGUUUGACUUUCAGGCGUCAGAUUUGAGAGAGAAAACGAUGUUAUUAGUGGGUGUGUUUUGGAGUGACGGCACGCGCAAAUCGAGGCAAUGGCAACUCGCCAACUCACCGUUGCAACUUGCUGCUGGUGUUGUGCAGAGUUUUGCCUGCACGCCGGGAGAUGUGCGGGCGCGAGCGCGUCCACGCGGACGGUGUGCGUUUUCUCUCCGUGCUGACGCGACUCUGCUGGAGUGCUCAUGAGCCCAGGUCUGCCUCACCUCCUUCAACUCGGUGUACUCAUUCAAGUCACAUGUGCAGUCACAUAGAGCGAAAAUAAAAGAAAUCUUCCAGAAUGAUAAUGUCGUCAUGUCUGAUUACCUUCCCUACAUUGUUUUUAAGAAUUCAAAACGCAGUAAAGCAGAUUUUGUUGGUUUGUCUUACCUGACGCUGGUUUUUGGUGCCGCCGACGUGAGCGGCUGUUUUUACCUUUGCCACGUCUGUCGCUUAAAAUGUCCACUUGAGGGCAUUUUAGGCCAUCUCCGUUCUGAGGACCAUGUUACAAACUAUCUUAGCAUUGCAAUGCCAAAUGCACUGAUAUUCUCUUGGAUGCCAGUGGGGAGAAACAAGGCCCCACCUUUGUCUUCAGAAUGUAUGAGAAAAAGUGGAGAGCUUCAGAUGUUGCAAUUACCCCAAAAGGUGCUCACUGUGUUGAAGUCCAGUUUGUAUUCUGGAGUGAUGCUCACGCUAAGUGAAAAUGAAAAACUUUACCAAUGUCUUCAAGCUGCUUUGCCAAACCCUGACCUCGUCAAAAGUUACCAAAACGACUCCAAGAGGAAGAAUCCACUGCUCGGCCUGCAGCACAUUGUUGAAUGUGUUUGCGUGGGCCGGAGUAAUGAGAGAUCCUACCUCUGCACCCUCUGCCACCUCACAGUGGCUGCACACAUGAUCAUGAAGCACAUCCUCAGCUUUGACCACGUCUUUCGCUAUUUUGAGGAGUGGCAUCCCUCCACACUCUUGUCAAAGGCGAGCUACAAGGAGGACAGCUCCUUUACCUCCACGAUGCUCAACCUGGCAAAACAGGCAGAGGAAAUUCAAGGAUCCACACAGAUGAGGCAUGUGAGUCUGGAGCCUGCUGAUUUCAAGUCUGUGAAUUCCUUGUGUUACUCAGAAGCUUUAAAGAAGCUGGAAUUGAUCCAGAAGUGCAGCUUGGAAACGAACAUUGAACCUGGAAGAAAGCUUGAGCCCCGUUCACCUUCAUCCUGCCCCUCGUCCUUUCCCUCGAUCUUCAAAAUAUCCUGUCAGGUCUGCAAUACAGAAUGUAGCAACAUGAGUUUCUUUAUCGCACAUUUGCGCAAAAAAAGUCACAAGGAGGGUGUGGCGAAAGCCUUGGAUGUUUCUGCACACGUUGACUCUCAGCACAUAGCCUCAUUCAACCUGGGUAUAUACACCUACAUUACUAAGUGUAUACAAAAGAAUGAGCCAGUUGUUGGUAUACCCAUGGUUGUGUCCUGCAUCACCACUGAGGUCAAGUGUGACGCUGUGUACAUCUGCCUCGCAUGUGAGAAGUGUUUCCGUGGCCCCUUGAUCGAGGAACACUUCACCUCUCAAAAGCAUCUCUUGCGCACUCUGGGCCACUACCAGGACCUCGAGGCACUGCCUUUCGCAUGGACGCCUCCUCUGGACUUGGACUUGGCUGGGCUGAAGGCCAAAGUUUGGGAAAAGGAGAAAUCAACAGGAUCAUUGAAGAUUUCCAUAAAGGUUCUUGAUCUACCGCAGCGGGCUUUUCUGAGCAUCACGACGAAGAACUAUUCCGAAGUUGUGGAAAUGCUUCAAGGUGACAACUUUUCCCUGUUGAAUGGAGUUCCGGUAUUAAAAACAAGCCAUGAACGCCACGCUAAAAAUAACUUCCCGCUGCUCGGGCAGCAAUUCCUGGUCUUUUACGAUGCGAAAACCAAAGAUCCACAGCAGUACAAGGCCUCUCUGUGUUUGCUGUGUAAAAGAAAGCUCAGCGAAGAAGAGUCGGACAACCACUUGUUCUGUCUGCAGCACGUUACCACAUUUCUGAAUAAAUUCCACCCAGGCUCACUCAGCUCCAGCAAUAUCAACACAGAGAGCUUGUUAGACUUUGCGCGACAGGCUCAGACCCUUCAUCUUGUAAAUCUGCCACAGACGGUGAAUUUGGCACGCCCCGUGAUCGAUACCUACACCUAUGAGAAAACUUUGGGGAUUCUGAGAUCUGGAAAGAAGCGGGACCAGAGCGUAGUGGUUGAACCAUCAAUAACGUCAAAAAGAAGACUGCUUCCAAAUCAAUCUUCCUCAACAGUAGAGGACCAUGUGAGAAGCAACAGCGGCGAUACCACGAAGCUCUGCGUUGACGAAGCACAAGAUGGAGAAAACAAAGGAGCAAAACAGACGCUGAGUGAACAAAAAACAACUCUGCAAAAAGAGAUCUCAGGAACUGCCUCAGAGGUGGUGGAAAAGGCGGUUGAACCACCACAGGAAAUAAUGAGAAAGGAGCCAGAGUGUGAAAUUAAAAGAACAAGCGAGGAGAUCCCAGAAAGCAGCCCGAGCACAGAUAAAGAAGCUGCUGGGGAACGCGGUAAACAAGAAGCAGCUGAAAACAAUGAGAAUACCCCAGCACAACUGAACACAUGCGGUGACAAAAUGAGGAACAAAAGGAGUAUUAGCUCGUGUGAAGAAUCCCAGGAAGGCAUGAGACAUAAAAGACAGAGACUCACAUCUGAGGGAGCCAGCAGUGAGAAGAAUGAGAGCUCUGCUGUGGAAAAGAGCCUCAAGACGCACCAAGAUGAAGGUUUACUCACACUUUAUGACUGCCGUUGUGAUAAACGCGAUUCGGUGUACCUCUGCGAGUGCUGCUCAGUGAAGUUCCCCCAAGAGGAGCUCAUUGGCCAUAUUACUGAACCCGGCCAUCCAAAGGCCCAUCUGAAGGUUGUUAAUCUGGAUGAAAACCUUUACAGCAUCGUCUCCAAAAGCAGCUUUCAAUCAGCUAGGCAGACGGUGUCGGCGUUUCUCACUCGGUGUGAGAGAGAGUCCGAGCUCCCCUCAGCCUCUGCUCCGUGUUCAGUUAAAAAUGAAGAGAUCCAUUCCCCGGUUCUUGCUCAACAUAGCGUUGACUCUGUGAGGGAUCAUGUCCAGGUGGAGGACUUGAAGACUGAAGAUGAUUCAAAAACCUGUGAGGGAGCAUCGAGCGUACCUGCAGUGACAUCGGGAACUGAAGCUCCUGAAACACUGAAAGAAGACCUGAAUCCUCAUGUUGACCUGAAGCCUCAUGACUUAAAUCCUCAUGUCAACAUAAAACAUAAUGAUGACCUGAAGCCUCAUGUUGACCUGAAGCCUCAUGACUUAAAUCCUCAUGUCAACAUAAAACAUCAUGAUGACCUGAAGCCUCAUGACUUAAAUCCUCAUGUUGAACUGAAGCCUCAUGAUGACCUGAAGUCUCAUGUCGACACAAGUCCUCAUGAUGACCCGAAGCUUCAUGAUGACUUAAAUCCUCAUGUCAACAAAAGUCCUCAUGAUGACCUGAAGCCUCAUGACUUAAAUCCUCAUGUUGAACUGGAGCGUCAUGAGCUGAAGCGUCAUGAUGAGCUGAAGCCUCAUGUCGACGUGAAUCCUCAUGUUGACAUAAAACCUCAUGACUUAAAUCCUCAUGUCGACAUAAAACCUCAUGACUUAAAUCCUCAUGUUGAACUGGAGCGUCAUGAGCUGAAGCGUCAUGAUGAGCUGAAGCCUCAUGUCGACGUGAAUCCUCAUGUUGACAUGAAACCUCAUGACUUAAAUCCUCAUGUCGACAUAAAACCUCAUGACUUAAAUCCUCAUGUUGACGUAAAUCAUGUCGACAUAAAACCUCAUGAUGACUUAAAUCCUCAUGUCGACAUAAGUCCUCAUGUUGAACUGAAGCCUCAUGAUGACCUCAAGCCUGAUGUUGACAUAAAUCCUUCUCAUGUUGACUUAAAGUCUCAAGAUGACCUGAAGCCUCAUGUUGAAAUAAGUCCUCAUGUUGAACUGAAGCCUCAUGUUGACUUAAAUCCUCAUCUCGACAUAAAGCCUCAUGAUGACUUCAAGCCUCAUGAUCUGAAGCCUCAUGACAACAGUUCUGAAAAAAACUUGGUUAGUGUUUUAGAAAAAUGCCCUCAAGCUAAUUCUACUCCAAACACAAACAUUGAGUCAUCAGGAACUGAAGUCACUCUUGAAACAGAUGAAAAGGUGACAUUGAGCUCCAUCUGCUCUGCAACUUCCUCUCAAUGUACGGCUACCACUGAUGAAGUGACUGGCGUCACCCCCACCUCAGGUGCAGCGACUUUUCAGACAGAACUAGUCAAAACAUCUGCGUUGAUGCGCGCACCACUGGCAUGCAAAACCAAAGCUGCAUCUGAUGCAAAAUAUGAACUUCAGAAUGUGGAACCGACGUCUCCAGUGGAAUCUGCAGUGGUGCAUAAAGCUGCAAACAUGAAAAUGGCUGAAAAUACUGUUAAAUACCCCAAAACUGCACCGGCAACCGUAAGCACGUGUCACAUGUUGACAAAAUCUGUGGCCUCAACCAAGAAGCCGACACCACCAAUGAAAAACGGAAAGCCAGCAAAAGAAAUGGUUUUUUCACCACACAUUCAUGACGGUACACAGUUUGCUGUUCCCCAAAGGACUGCAGUGAAGUCCGACAGGCCCGAGUCCAAGAGGAAACCAGCGGAGCUGCCGCUCACUACGGCAAAGAAGACAAAGUCAGUUCAUGGAACUGUCAAAAUUGGCACCGAUCAGCUGAUUAUUUUGAUGUGCUCAAAGGAAAAAAAGCAGCAGGUCUACUGUCAGCUGUGUUCAGUCAAGUUGCAGUCCUCGGAUCACCUUCGUGAGAUCAGUCACCAGUAUAACUACGUGAAAAUGAAAAUCCCUGGAUACACUGCAAAGCCUUUUGAGGAUGCACAGAAGUUUCAGGAGACACUGACCUUGUUGGAGAAGGAAAAGGGACAGAGUCAGAUACUUGAAGUCACCUUUGACGUGUAUGAGGAGAUGAAUCGCCUUCCAGUAAAUACAGUGUUGCAAAGACUGAAAGAAAUGCUGAGUCAGAGAAGCUGGAAGGGGUCCUCUUCGCCCACAGCCAACAGUGUGGCAGCUUUGCGAAAGAAAGCCAUCAUUGGCAGUCCAUGUGAAGUGACAAGCUCAGAUGAUGGAGUCACUCUAGUAAAAAAUGCCCUCAAGCCUGGAGUCGGCGACCCUGAAUCCACAUCAACGCCUUCCAAAACUGCUGUCGCAUCUGAGAAGAUUCCUGUUGGCAGCCAACAGCGGCCGUCGGAGGCUCCAGAAUCACAGGACGCACUCAAAACACCCCAAGACGCUCAGAAGUUUUCACACGUAACGUUCUUGGGUCGAGACCCACGUGUCGAACCUGCUGCUGAUAAGGACAUGCACAGUCAGUCAAGGUCGUCCUACCAAAAAGAUCAAGCAGCAAAAUGUCAUUCAAGACCUGGGAGAAAGAGAUCGUCACAGGAACUGUCAACAAUUUCAGUCGGAGAGAGGAUUGAAGGUGUCAGUCAUUUGUCUACGUAUGUGAAAGUAAAACAAUUGAGUAUCAUAGGCCAGGGCGCUGUGUGGGAGUGUCAGGGGACCUCCCAGACGCCGUUCUUCUUAUGCGAGAGCUGCGAACUGAGGCUUCUUUCCACAGACAUCUGCAAACACAUGAUCAGCAAGGAUCACAUGUUCAAAUAUGUGGAAAAAUAUCAGUCAGAGUUGCUGUAUUUCUGGAGGAACGAGCAGCUUGAUGAGGAGGGAAAACUGGAAUUUUUAGAGGAAGAGAAACUGGAACUUUUCGAUUUCAUCACCUCACAGCUGCUGGAGCGUGAAAAAAGUAUAGACGCAAAGAUUGUACUGCUGGGCUCAGAGUUGUAUGAACGGCUUCAGAAAGCUGAAUUCCAUGACGCUUUAAAAGUGGUGCAAAGCAUCAGUGAAAGGAAACUUAAAGCCGCCUGGCCACCCGUCUGUCCUCCGCCGCAGAAAAAAGCCAAACAAGAUGGGGUGAGAAAGUCGACAAUGGAUGAAGAGUCGCAUGACGUCCCAAAAAGAAAAGCCUCCAAUCCUCUGGAUCCAAGACGUUUGCCCUCAUGGGCCGACUCUGUCGUCGCUCGACUCCCUCAGGCUGACGUGUGUCUUCACCCCAAAGAGAUGGACAGCUGUCUCUCUUCCAAGCACCAAACGGAGAGCGUCCCUGUAUUACCAGCAACGCCGACGGAGGAUCCAAAAUCCAUGUCAUCUGCUCCGGUUGACCCUGAAGUCGCUCAGACCCUGCCAGGAAGCAGGGAGCGGCCGGCUGACACGUCUUUGGAAACAUCGGUCAGAUCCUGUGCAGGUGACUUGGCUGAGCUCUCCCUGCCAGCCGCAUCCGCAGGCCCCCUGCUGCAGCCGAGUGAGGAGAGCACCUCUCUGUCAGCUUGCGAGUCCAUGGCUGUCGACCCUGCUGAAAACCCUACCUCCCUGCCUCCUCAGCCUGAAAACGUGACGUCUGUACCUGACCAAAAUGCACCCCUGGAUCCCUUCGUAGCUCUGUCACAAAUAAUAAAUGUACUCAGGAAUCAGGCUAAAGGCAAUUUGUCCACUUUGCCGGCCGAAGAUAACGUGAAGCCCGUGAGCCACUGUGCCGUCACGACGGCGCCAAGUGAUGAAGGAAAACCGUCCCUGCUGAGUGCAUGUGGAGAUAUGAAUACAACUGGUGGGAAUUCUAAGAUUUCAGGAGAAAUUCCUGCUGGCCUUGGUCUCCAGAAUCAGCUUCUCACCCAAAGUGCCAUCAAGUCACCUUUUGAGGACAGUCGCAUGGGGGACGACUCCCGGCUCACAGCAGCUGCUGCUGGUGUGGCCGUCACUGCUGCUACUGCCUCCCCUGCUGACCUCCCCAGUGAUCCACAACAUCCACAAGGCGGCUCUGACCAGCCGAGGUGGAGUGCUGUUGCCACCGGCGCCGCAACGCCUGAAACGUCCGACACCUCUCCCAUUAGAACCAUCGUACUCGGUAGAGGAAAUUACUCUUACAGCUCCAGCGGCAGCUCUGCAGACCCAGUCCCCAGUGCGGUGAGCGGUGACCCCCAGGUGGGCCUGUCCGCAGCCUUAACGGCACCCACGCAUGGCACAAAUGAACUUUCAGUUUUCAAAGCCCCGGUCCACCCUGACCUCAGCUCAACUUUCACCCCUUCUGUCAACACGGUUGUUGCCAACAGCGCCGGCUCUUCCGUCAGCACCGGUGCUGACAGUGUCGUCGCCCCUCACGUCCUCUCUGCCGUCAACCUCCACACUAAUACUUUUGAUCCAGCCGUGAACCCUCAUGCUAACUCUGCUGGCAGUACUGUUGCCAACCCCUCCCAGAGUUUUUACCACUCUGCCAUGGGGUUCCCCCAGACCUACCCGGGAGUAAACUUCCUGCAUCUGCAAGCAGUUGGACACAGUUCAGCAGCUGGGAUGGAGGCCAUGUGGGCAAACAUGGCAAUGCAGCAGCAGCCGCCGCCGCAACCGUAUCAGCAGCCGCCACUGCCGCCGCAACCGUACCAGCAGCCGCCACUGCCGCCGCAACCGUAUCAGCAGCCACCACCGCCACCGUACCAGCAGUUGCCACAACCGUAUUCGCCGCCACCGCAACUGUAUCCGCCGCCGUUUCAGCAACUGCCGACCCCGUUUCAGCAGCCACACAUGUAUCAGCAGCAGCAGUAUCAGUAUUAUCAGCAACAGUGGUAUUUAAGCCAGCAGCAGAGCCAGUACCAGCAGUAGCAUAUCCAGCAGAAUGGAUGAGCGGUUUCUGGACAAAGGAGAUUUAAAAAAAAAAAAAAAAAAAAGGUGUCGCUUGGUGUUUUGUGUGUCGUCUUAUUGACCUUACCA